ACAUGGCGACAACAACAAGAAGGCUGAUACAGAGUUCUUUUAGAGUGUUACAACCAACUGUAUCGUUAUUUAUAGGGCGRUUAAGAACAUCUGUAGUGUUCUUUUCUACUGAAAGGCCAGAUGGACAAGAAUUAACGGAAAACUUCAGGAAUAACGACAGUGUAGUGUCGUCUGACAGGUUCCCGGAAGGAUUUAGUGGAGCAGGCUUAAUUCCUUUUGACACAACCGUAAGCAAAGUUCUAAUGGCGCCUGUGAAUGWGGAGGACAUUGAAAUUAAGCCUGAUGGACUUAUUUAUUUACCUGAAAUAAAAUAUCGCAGGAUAUUAAAUGUGGCAUUUGGUCCUGGAGGUUGGGCUUUAGUACCAAGAGGAGACUCCCUGCAAUUUCAGGUAAUUUUUCAUCAGACAUAUCAUUGGGUUUGUGCAGUUUUUACCUCGGCUAGUNNNGGAGAACAUACAUUCUAUUCAAAUGGUAACAUGGUUUAUGGCAAAGCAAUGGAAGCUGCUAAAUCAAAUGCACUAAUGAGAUGUUGUAAGGAUUUGGGAGUGGCAAGUGAGUUGUGGGACCCUCAGUUUAUAAUCAAAUGGAAAGAAAAGUAUGCUGUCAGCGGUUGGUGCGAGAAUGUUAAGACAAAAGAGAAGAAAAAAUUGUGGCGGCGGAAGGACAGGAAACCUACAGAUGCUUUCUUUUAUCCUUGGAAAGAGAUCAGUUGAAAGAAAUCAUAA